GCAGCAGCAGCAGCAGCAGCGUCCUCGAAGAGUCCGCAAGGCAGGGCAGUGCCUCGUCCGUCGAGGGGAGCAGCCAGCGCUUGGGACUAGAGGCAGAGGCCAGAAGGAGGCGAUCUGCCCCCGAUGGCCCCCUUGUGGCCCCCCAAUAACGGGACCUGGACGGCGGGGCCCUCGUCCAACUGCUCCUGGGCGGCGCUGGGGUCCCUGGGCCGGCAGGGGGCGCUGGGGGCGGCCUUGAGCCUGGCGGUGCUGGGGACCGUCGGGGGCAACCUGCUGGUCAUCGUGGCCAUCGCCAAGACCCCUCGCCUGCAGAGCCUGACCAACAUCUUUGUCACCUCCUUGGCCUGCGCCGACCUGAUCAUGGGUUUGCUGGUGGUGCCCCCGGGGGCCACCUUGGUGCUGAGCGGCCGCUGGCCCUACGGCACCCUGGGCUGCGAGCUCUGGACCUCCCUGGACGUCCUCUGUGUCACGGCCAGCAUCGAGACCCUCUGCGCCAUCGCCGUGGACCGCUACCUGGCCAUCACGGCCCCCUUGCGCUAUGAGUGGCUGGUGACCAAGGGCCGGGCCCGGGGGGCAGUCUGCCUGGUCUGGGCCGUGGCCGCCUUCAUCUCCUUCCUGCCCAUCAUGAACCACUGGUGGCGCGACGGGGCCGACGAGGAGGCCCUGCGCUGCUACCGAGACCCCCAGUGCUGCGACUUCGUCACCAACAUGCCCUACGCCAUCCUCUCCUCCAUCAUCUCCUUCUACGUCCCACUUUUGGUCAUGGUCUUCGUCUAUGCCCGGGUCUUCGCCGUGGCCACCCGGCAGCUCCACGCCAUCGAGAAGGACAAGGGCCGGUUCCUCCAAGAGAGCACCAAGGGCGGUCGGCGGAGGAGGCCCUCCCGGGUCUUGCUGGCCAUCAAGGAGCACAAGGCUCUCAAGACCUUGGGCAUCAUCAUGGGCAUCUUCACCCUCUGUUGGCUCCCCUUCUUUGUGGCCAACAUCAUCAACGUCUUUGCCAGGUCCCUGGUCCCCGACCAGCUCUUCCGCUUUUUCAACUGGUUGGGUUAUGUCAACUCGGCUUUCAACCCCAUCAUCUACUGUCGCAGCCCUGACUUCCGAUGUGCCUUCAAGAAGCUGCUGUGUUGCCCUCAGAGCAUGGAUUGCCGCCUCCGUGCCAUCUCCAAGGACCUCCAUGGACAACCUUGUGCCUUUAGUCCCCAGGUCUUCUUGGAGAAGGAAGGUGCUCCUACGGCCAUGAGGUCCAAAGAGGAGGAAGAGGAGGAAGAAGAGGAUGACAAUGGCACCAACAGCACCAGCAGUGGCUCCAGCAGUAGGACUGGAGAAGCAAAACCCUUGUACUUCUCCAGCAAUGGGCACAGCGGUGGUCAGCGGCCUCUGAGGAAAGCCCAGCUCCAAGGAACGCAGGUCACUUUGUGCCCGCAGCUGGAAGAGUAGGUGUCCCGAGAAGUUAGUGGGUUUAUGGGACUGGGAGGUAGGGACAACUAAGUAUUAUGUACCUCAAUGCUUCCCGGUCUAUAAUAAUGUGGGGGCCUGGUGUGCCAAGGGCCUGGCACUAAAUUUGUACCCGUUAGGUACAACUGAUUCUUUCUUUCCCAGAAAUGUGCCAGGGACUGGCAGACAAUAGCUCAGGGACUGGCACCCAUUCAUGGUCCACCAUGUUUGAGUAGCACUGAUAUGUACAUGAAAUGUCUACAUUUCUUGGCAGCAAGAUAGUAUGGGAGGGAUCUGGAAAGGAGUGGAUUCAAGCAUGGGGUGUGAAGGCAUUGUACAAUGCUGGGACAGGUUUCUUUGGAGGUAAAUCGCUGUUGUGUUCACUGAAGCUCACUCCCAAGUUGCUCCCAAGUUGAGUGUGUUAACUCUAGGAUUGCAGCCAUAUUGUUCAGAGUGAUGGCCAGGAGGCUACUGAGGAGUAAUGGUUAGACAGUGUUGGACAUGGGAUAGUCUCCUCAGCCAUGAAACUCACUAGGUGGGGCCAGGAAUACUCUUUCAGUCUGUCCUACCUUACAAGGUUGUUGUGGAUAUGAACACACUGGAGGACAGGCAGGCAACAAAUACAUAAAUAAGCACUGCUGCAUCAGGGUUAUGGGAGACAUAAGUCAAUGACAGAGCCUCGAUUUUGCAUGAAGAGGAUCCCAGGUCCUGACAGAUCCACUUAAAAGGAUCAAGAAGAAGGUGAUAGGACAACUGCAACUGGAAAGUUGAGAGGUUGAAGUAGACAAUACUG